AAAAUGUCAAAAAAUUUCGCAUACACAGGCACCAAAAAAUUAAAAUAAAUGUAUUUCGCCUGCCCUAAAAUAAACAACAAUUUUCGUUAUUUAACAAGGCAAAUCUUGCCUACGUGUUCCGAAUACCAUUAAAUAAUCCCUUAUAAAGUUAGAGUGUGCAAAAUCUUUAAACAAGGAAAAGUCUACACGUCACACACACAGGAAAAUGCAGCCGAUUUAUUAAGGGUAAAUUUACACCACUGAUUUUUAUUGAAACGAUGCAAUCGAAUAGCAAAACCACCAAAACCAGAGAGAUGUUUAUAUUAAGGGCUUUGGAAAAGAUUCUGAAUGAUAAGGAAAUCAAAAGGUCACAUCAUUCGCAGCUGAAAAGGGCUUGCGAAGCUGCACUUGAAGAACUUAAAAAAGAAACUCACGAACCUCCUGUCCAAGACUUGCCAAGCGAAAAAAUAUCUGAUGCUCUGCCUCAACCGAAAAGCGGCAACGCCAAUGUACUCACCACUGAAAAAUAUUUCCUACCAUUCGAAUUGGCAUGUCAAAGUAAGUCUGCUAGAAUUGUUACAACAGCCCUGGACUGCUUACAAAAGCUCAUUGCCUACGGGCAUUUGACUGCCAACGUACCCGACUCAACAACCCCUGGAAAACUACUAAUUGACAGAAUUGUUGAGACUAUUUGUGCUUGCUUUACAGGCCCUCAAACGGACGAAGGUGUCCAACUGCAAAUAAUCAAAGCCCUAUUAACUGUGGUUACUAGUCAGCAUGUGGAAGUCCACGAAGGAACUGUCCUACUAGCUGUCAGGACUUGCUACAAUAUUUUCCUGGCAAGCAAAAAUCUAAUCAACCAAACAACUGCCAGAGCCACCCUAACUCAAAUGCUAAACGUAAUCUUUACAAAAAUGGAAUUGGAAGCUGAAUUGCAUCCAUCAAUAUUAACAAACGGUGAAGCAAAAUUUCCAGAAAAUCCUUUCGAAGAAGAUGCUUUAAGCGAAACAAUAGCUACAGACAUUUUAGAUUGCAUUCUUGAUAAUGUCAUGUCAACAUCAAUUACACGAGUUCCAUCUCAAGAAAGCAUCACUACGAACAGCGAAAACGAUUCGGCCGUGACAGCAAAAUUCACUCACAUACUGCAAAAAGAUGCUUUUUUAGUUUUCAGGGCCUUGUGCAAACUGUCAAUGAAACCAUUACCUGAAGGCACCCCCGAUCCAAAAUCGCACGAGCUGAGAUCAAAAAUAUUGUCUUUGCAACUUUUAUUGUCCAUUUUGCAAAAUGCUGGACCAGUUUUUCGGUCAAAUGAGAUGUUUAUUACUGCAAUUAAACAAUAUUUGUGUGUGGCUUUGAGUAAAAACGGUGUCAGCUCUAUUCCAACUGUGUUUGAGCUUUCGUUGGCGAUUUUUCUUGCGCUUCUGUCAAACUUUAAGUUGCAUCUUAAAAUGCAAAUUGAAGUAUUCUUCAAGGAAAUUUUCCUUAACAUUUUGGAAACUUCUAAUAGUUCAUUUGAGCACAAAUGGAUGGUGAUUCAAGCCUUGACAAAAAUAUGCAGUGAUGCUCAAUCAGUGGUUGAUAUCUAUAUAAAUUAUGAUUGCGAUUUGGCUGCUGCAAACCUAUUUGAACGCUUAGUAAAUGACUUAUUUAAAGUAGCCCAAGGGAGACACUCACAAGAAUUAGGCGCUUCGCCCAAUCAAGAAAGAUCUAUGAAGCUACGAGGGCUUGAAUGUCUAGUGUCAAUUCUAAAAUGCAUGGUUGAGUGGAGCAAGGAUUUGUAUGUUAAUCCUAAUUUGCAAAGCACUGUGGGCGAGCCUCAGCUUAAAGAUAGGGAUUUGGUAUCUUUGAAAAGUCACGGGGGUAGUGUUGAUAGUUUGAUUUCGAGUGAUAGUGGGAACAAGGAAGUUUUGGAUUCGCCUGAACAGUUGGAAGUUUUGAAGCAACAAAAAGAGGUUUGGGAAACUGGUAUUGACACGUUUAAUAGGAAACCGCGCAAAGGGAUUGCCUACUUGCAAGAACACGGAUUACUUGGAGGCACCGAAGAGGAAAUCGCAAAGUUUUUGCAUUCAGAAGAGCGACUGGACAAAACAAACAUUGGAGAUUUUUUGGGAGACAAUGACGAUUUUUGCAAGUCCGUCAUGUAUACGUAUGUUGAUCAAAUGCAGUUUACUAAGAUGGACUUUGUGGCUGCGCUCAGACACUUUUUGGACGGAUUCAGAUUGCCUGGAGAAGCACAAAAAAUUGACAGAUUAAUGGAAAAAUUCGCAAGCAGAUACUGCGAAUGCAACCCAAACAACGGCCUAUUUUCCAGUGCCGACACCGCUUACGUUUUAGGUUUCUCCAUUAUAAUGCUCACCACAGACUUGCACUCGCCCCAAGUAAAAAGCAAAAUGACCAAAGAGCAGUACAUCAAACUAAACCGUGGCAAUACCGAUUGCAAAGAAGUACCAGAAGAGUAUUUGUCUCAAAUCUACGAUGAAAUUGCCGGGCAUGAAAUCAAAAUGAAAACCACUGUGAACAAACCGGGCAAACAACUGUUCAACAGUGAAAAGCGCAGGAAGAUUCUAUUCAAUAUGGAAAUGGAGGCGAUUUCAACUGCAGCCAAAAAUUUAAUGGAGUCAGUUUCGCACGUGCAAACCCCUUUUACUUUGGCUAAACAUUUAGAACACGUUAGGCCAAUGUUUAAGAUGGCUUGGACUUCAUUUUUGGCUGCCUUUAGUGUAGGACUUCAAGACUGCGACGAUAUUGAAGUAGCUUCACUUUGCCUUGACGGUAUUCGAUGCGCUAUAAGAAUCGCGUGCAUUUUUCAUAUGACUUUAGAGCGCGAUGCUUACGUACAAGCAUUAGCAAGGUUUACUUUACUCACAGCCAAUUCCCCAAUUUUAGAUAUGAAAGCUAAAAAUAUAGAUACUAUUAAAACUUUGAUUAUGGUUGCGCAUACAGAUGGGAAUUAUUUAGGUCCCUCUUGGUUGGAUAUUUUGAAAUGUAUUUCUCAAUUGGAGCUGGCUCAGUUGAUUGGUACUGGGGUGAGGCCUGAGUUUCUUUCAGGCCCUGGCCACAAACCACCUGAUCCUAGUUAUAAGGAGCACAUAGGCCAAACUAGCUCUCAAAGCGUCGUGGUUGCAGUUGACAGAAUUUUCACCGGGUCAACUCGUUUAGAUGGAGAUGCUAUUGUAGAUUUUGUCAAGGCCUUGUGUCAAGUUUCAUUGGACGAGCUGGCACAUCCGGGACACCCAAGGAUGUUCUCUUUGCAAAAAAUAGUAGAAAUUUCCUACUACAACAUGGGCAGGAUUCGUUUGCAAUGGUCUAGGAUUUGGCAAGUUUUAGGAGAGCACUUUAACAAAGUGGGCUGCAAUAGAAACGAGGAAAUUUGCUUUUUUGCUGUAGAUAGUUUGCGGCAACUAUCAAUGAAGUUUAUAGAAAAAGGCGAAUUUUCUAAUUUCCGUUUCCAAAAAGACUUCCUCCGACCUUUCGAGCAUAUCAUGAAAAAAAACGUUUCGCCUACAAUACGAGACAUGGUUGUCCGAUGUGUGGCUCAAAUGGUAAAUUCCCAAGCUAACAAUAUAAAAUCAGGCUGGAAAAACAUAUUUUCGGUUUUCCAUUUGGCCGCAGGGGACCAAGAAGAGGCCAUUGUGGAAUUGGCGUUUCAAACAACUGGGAAAAUAAUAUCGGAAUUGUAUGACAGGCAAUUUCCAGCUAUGAUUGAUUCAUUUCAGGACGCCGUUAAGUGUCUGUCAGAGUUUGCUUGCAACGCUAGAUUUCCUGAUACUUCUAUGGAGGCGAUUCGAUUGGUGAGGUCUUGCGCUUGUAGCGUCGCCUCAGCGCCUAAUCUAUUUGCAGAACACGGAGGUAUGGAAACGGAAAUAAUAAUAACUGAAGACGACCGCGUUUGGGUACGUGGCUGGUUCCCUCUUCUAUUUUCUUUAUCCUGCGUUGUAAAUCGAUGUAAAUUAGACGUAAGAACCCGUGCCUUGACGGUACUAUUCGAAAUAAUCAAAACUUAUGGCGAAAGCUUCAAAGCCCAUUGGUGGAAAGACCUUUUUAAAAUCUUAUUCAGGAUAUUCGACAAUAUGAAACUGCCGGAAAAACAUACGGAAAAGGCCGAAUGGAUGACUACCACUUGCAAUCAUGCCUUAUACGCUAUCGUUGAUGUUUUUACGCAAUAUUUUGACGUUUUAGGGCCUUUAUUGCUGGAGGAUUUAUAUUCACAGUUGCACUGGUGCGUCCAACAGGAUAAUGAACAAUUAGCCAAAUCAGGUACUAAUUGUUUAGAAAAUCUAGUCAACUCAAACGGCCACAAGUUUACCAAAGACACCUGGGACAAAACAUGCAAAUGCAUGCUGGACAUUUUCAACUCCACAAUCCCCUCAGCGUUGCUGACCUGGAAACCAGAAUCAAUGAAAACAACCGCAGUAAUAGAACAAAACGGCGAUAUAAGGAGCAUCCUGAAACGAUCAGUGAGUUUCGCUGACCAGCAAUCCACCAAUCCAGAAGUGGCUUUGUUUCAGAGUCUAGAAAUCAAAAGUGUUGUCCAGCUGGAAUUGAUACAAACUAUUGAUAAUAUUGUGUUUUACCCGGCAACUUCUCGCAAAGAGGAUGCCGAAACUUUAGCCCUGGCAACUGCCGACAUGACCGGCAAUGGAAACUUGACAGAGUGCCAGAGGGAAGAACAAGGAAUGUACAGAUUGCUGAGUUCGCCUCAUUUGUUGAAGUUGACUGAGUGUUUGCAACAAUCACAUCGAUUUGCAAAAGCAUUCAACCUCAACCACGAACAACGCAACUUACUAUGGAAAGCAGGCUACAGGGGUUCAGUAAAACCAAACUUGUUGAAACAAGAAACUCAAAGUUUGGCUUGCUUGUUGAGGAUUUUGUUUAAAAUGUAUUGCGACGAGGGCAGGCGUGAACAUUGGCACGUGAUUGAAGAAAAGCUGAUGGACGUUUGCCAAGAGGCUUUCGAUUACUUUUUGCAGUUGCAAAGCGAGGCGCACAGGGAUGCUUGGACGACACUGUUGCUGCUAGUGCUGACUAGGAUGUUGAAAAUGCCUGACGAUAGGUUUGCAGUACACGUAUCGAAAUACUACCAGUACCUUUGCGAAAUCGUCUGUUUCGACCUAAAAGCCGAGCUGAGGUCGAUACUGAGGCGAGUCUUUUUGCGAAUCGGGCCUGUUUUUCAUAUCACCCGAGCCUCGUCUUAGCUCAACAUCAAAUCAACGUUAUUUAGGAGCUGACAGUGUACAUAAACUAGUCGAUUGUAGAUAAUUAUUUUCGAUUUUAUAUUUAUAGCAUAAGAACUAAGAAUUGUAUUGACACUAUUUUAGAAAUUUGGAUAAUUAUUAUUUGAAUCGAUAAUAGUACAUAGUUUGCUCUAAAUCUUCGGCGUACCGGGUGUCAAUUUAUAAAGUAACUUUUUUACAUACAAUCAAAAAUAAAAAAGUUACAGGUGGUGAUGCUUUAUAACUUGACACCCUGUACAACAAUCCAGGAAAAUCUUUGCUGUAAAAUUGCUUACCAAUUAAAUGUAUGUUGUAUAUAAGGCAAAAAAAAUUGGUCUAUUAUAUAUUAUAUUAAUGCCAUUCCGUACUACCUAAGUGAUAGAAGGUUUUUAAUUUGUUAAAGUAUGUAUUGUUAUCUGUUAUCUAUAUACAAGACAAUUAUUGUCUUGUGAAUAAAUAAUGAGACAAUAGAAAAAUUGUUUAUGUGCCUUCAACGAUAGUAAUUGUAUAAUUUGUUGAAUUGAUUUAUCUCAUUGCAUUAAUAAUAAUUGAAUUGAGUGAUUGAUAUAGUAAACAAAUAAUAAUUUAUUUCCUAGUUAUGUUAUUUUGUUGAUAAAGGUAAUUAUUAUUAAUAAAUGCAAUUGUUUUAUCACCAUAUGGUACUAGAACACCAAUGAAUUCUA